GUUUGGCGGCGGGCACAGGUGGCGACGGCGGCCGCCAUGGGAGAAGCAAUGGCGGUUUGUUGGGAACAAUGGCGUGCGAAGUGCAGCCAGUGUGGUUGGGAUCAUUGGAUUUGACACUGAGGAACCUUGGAGUUGGACUUGGAGAAGGACUGGGAGGUCUGGGAUUUGGAGGAGUGGCGUCAGUAGCAGCAGGUGGUGGGAGGAGAUCGAGUCGAAGGGUGUCGAUGCAGUAUCAAUCUUGGUGACGCGUCUACCGUUGUUCUCUGCCUGUCUGCCUGCUUGUCUGUGUCUUGCCCUCCGAGUUCCGGCCUGGGUCCGUUUUUGUCUAGUCAAACCCAAGCUCUGAUCAUGGACG